AUGUUUACAUUUCAUCAAAUGAAACAUAUUUUUGAAAUAUUGGAUAAAAUGAGAUGCUUGCGGAAACGUUCUGCAGUUUCCUUCUUGGGAGUUCUUGUCAUUUUCCUUCUGUUUAUGAAUUUGUACAUGGAAGAUACUUAUGUUCUGGAAAGAGAUAAACAACUUUUAAGGGAAACUUCUAGUCAUCAAUUGAAUCCAGAACGCUAUGUACAUAAAUUCAAAGAUUUAUCUAAUUUCUCAGGAGUCAUAAAUGUCACCUAUCGCUACCUAGCUGUCACACCUUUACAAAGAAAACGAUACCUUACAAUUGGACUUUCAUCAGUGAAACGAAAAAAAGGAAACUAUUUACUUGAAACAAUCAAGUCAAUAUUUGAACAGUCAAGUUAUGAAGAACUAAAGGAAAUUUCAGUGGUGGUCUCUCUAUCAGACUUCAAUUCAUCCUGGCGUGAGGCCAUGAUCCAGGAAAUUACAAAAAAAUUUGCCCACCACGUUAUUGCUGGGAGAUUAAUGGUUAUACAUGCGCCUGAGGAAUAUUACCCAACCCUGGAUGGCCUUAAAAGAAAUUACAAUGACCCAGAAGAUAGAGUCAAAUUUCGUUCCAAGCAAAAUGUAGAUUAUGCAUUUUUGCUUAAUUUUUGUGCCAAUACAUCAGAUUAUUAUCUAAUGCUUGAAGAUGAUGUCCGAUGUUCAAAAAAUUUCUUAAGUGCCAUCAGAAAAGUCAUUACAUCCCUAGAAGGAACAUAUUGGGUAACCCUUGAGUUUUCUAAGCUGGGCUACAUUGGAAAACUCUAUCAUUCUCAUGAUCUCCCACGUUUGGCACACUUUUUAUUAAUGUUUUAUCAAGAAAUGCCUUGUGAUUGGCUAAUGCCUUAUUUUCGGACUCUGUUGGCUCAGAAAAAUGUGAUCCGCUUCAAGCCAUCUCUCUUUCAGCACAUGGGUUAUUACUCAUCAUACAAAGGCUUUGAUAACAAGUUGAAGGAUGAUGAUUUUGAAGAAGAGUCUCUAGACAUUCCUGACAACCCUCCUGCAAAACUGUACACCAACAUGAAUGUGUUCGAGAAUUAUGAUGCCAGCAAGGCUUAUAGCGGUGCCGAUGAGUACUUUUGGGGGAAACCACCAACAACAGGAAAUAUCUUCUUAAUUGUGUUUGAAAAUCCAAUUAUAAUCAGCAAAAUUAAAGUGACUACUGGAACAGUAGACCGGCAAAAUGAAAUUUUGCAUCAUGGAGUACUAGAUGUUGGGGAAGAAGCGAUGGCUAGCAAAAUAGGGAAGCAAUGUGUUACUUAUUUAAGACUAGGGGCAUUCAAAAAUGGGAACUUUGAGAUGGCAGAUGUGAACCAAAAAGUUCCAUUUAAUAUUCAUUGUAUAAGGAUACAUGUCACCAAAACACAAAAAGAAUGGCUGAUUAUCAGGAGUAUUAGCAUUUGGACUUCUUAGCCCAUUAAAGAAAUGAGUUCCAUUACAGAAACAGGUCUCCCCGGUUCCUUUGUUGCUACCUUCCCCUUUUGCUACCUUUGUCUUUUGGAGGGAAAUCGAUGAGUAAAAUACAUAAAAAGAAAUGCUAGGCAUUGUGGCAGUUGUGUUUUAAACGUCACCAACAUAGACUGAUUCUAACCCCCUCUUGUAAUUAUUUUAAUUUCUGAAGUUGAAUAGCAGCUCAUAGUUAAUGGCAGACACGUAAAAAAUUCAUAGAAAAAUCCUACCAUCAAUUCCAUUUUAAUACACCUUUUGAAGAUACCCCUUCAAAUAUUGAUAUUAUUGUGGUUGUUUGAAAAUUGUAACUGACUUUUAAAAGGGUGGUAUACUGAAUUGAAAAUGACAAAAUAAAUAUUGUUGGAUGAA